ACCAGGCGCUACACGACUGACAUGAUCACCUACGCUGACACCGGUGUCGUCGUAGUCGAUGCUGGCUUCGCUAGGCUCUCCUACACCUAUGAGCUCAACAAGAACCCCGACGUUCAAGUCGCCAUAACAGAGCAAUCCGUCAGCCCCAGUGGCGGUGCGCGGCUCGGUGGCCAGCUCGUCUCUGCCAUGGAUCCGGAUCCCAAACCCCAUAUGACUUCCAGGCAACCCACGAGAAAAUCCGGUCAACCAACCCGAACCCAGAACAAGAUUUUCAUUGAAAACAUCUAUGAGAAGCAGUUGAGAAACUGCAAUCAUCAGAGCAGCAGAUCACAAAAUUUAAACGAGGGUUCGAAUUCUAUGGUCUCGAUUCUCCAUUUUGCUAUGGAUUCCAACAGCAGAUCACAAAUAAAAAGAAUAUCUAUAUUCUUCCUUUUUUUUGCCAUCUCAAAAUUUCUUUCCCUUCCGCGUGAUUCAAAUUCGGUGGUCUCCCUCGAAUUUUCAACUUUUUCUGUCCUAUUUAUGCUGCCCAAUGGCGCAACCCCAAACCCACAACUGCCGUAGCAUUCGUAGCCAGCCAUAGAGCCUUCGGAUAACUGCCCAUGCCUUACCUGCAAUCCGGGGCCGAGUUGGAAAACGGCAUCCUAAGUCAAAUGGGUCACGUAAGUAAUGAUUCAUGACUCGAGCUGCGACUCGAUGCCAUAAUAGAGGGCUUUAUCGGCUAAGCUCCUGCUUGGAGAAUCAACGAGCCAUGGAAGAGAUACGAGAAGUACUUGGCGUCGACGUUGAGCUUGAUGCGGUCAUUGGUGUGGGGCCCAGAAGAUUUUCAUUAGAAAGCCGACUGCAGCCCAUCUUGCUUCGUCGCCGAUUGCAACACUCCAUCCC